AGAUAAGAUAAAGUUUGUGGAGACCCUUCAAGAAGCACGGACCACUUUAACCAGCUACAGAACUAAUAUGGAGAACUCGGUGGAUUCAAAUUAUGGGGCCUCGAAGUGACGCCAGCCACACAUGAUCUACUCCCGUACAUCGAACGUGCCACUCCAGCUGUCCAGCACUAGAAUUCCUACAUAGUACAUGAAUUUGCUGUCCCUCCCACAGCAGAAGCAGCAGCCCACACAAGCCCAACACAUCCAUCUUGCAGCGCUGCCGUUUCAAAAAACGACCUGAACUGAUAUGAAAAAACGAAUCUUCAAUCCUACUUCAUACUAAAAGGGAUACACAGUUGAAGGAUAGGAUAUAACUUACUUUAUUCCCUCUCUUUUCUUUUCCUUUUUCCCGAAUUUACAGACGCCAUGACGCGACCGAUUGUCUACAGUGUCGCCCUGGGCGUCUUUGUCUUCACAACGAUCCUCACAAUAGUAUCCAUCCUAACACCACACUGGGUGACAUAUUCCGUUACCGCCGAUACGGGCUCGACUUUUACGAAAUACAUCGGACUCCAUAAGAGUUGUUCAUCGGUCGACGAUCCAUCGUGUCGACCAUUCCCUAACGACGAUGACUGCCGCGAUGACCAGUUCUUCUGCUCCAUGUGGCGCAGCAGCGGUUUCCUCAUCUCCUUCGCGACCAUCGUCGAGCUUGCGACUCUCAUCACCUUCCUCGUCGUAAUGGCUGGCGGCAAGUACAAGCGCGAGACUGGCUGGAAGCUCAUCGGCUUCUUCCUACUUGGUGACGCCGCCGUCGAGUUUGCGAGUAUGGGCAUUGUGGCCUAUCUCUUCGACAACGACCCUCAAUUCGUCAUUCCCGGCUGGUCUCUAGAUUGGUCCUGGGUCCUCUGCACCAUCAGCGCAAGCGUUUCCGUCCUCCUAGCAGGUGGUCUAGCAGCCUCAGCCUGGCUCCUCCCGCCGGAAGACGACUACGAAUACCUCGAAGACCCAAUCGAUUCCUAAGCGAAAAAAGGAUGGUUCAGGAUAGCCUCUAGGCAAAUCAGGUAAAAAGGCAAACUAAAGGAAGGUGGUAGGGCAGAUGGAGGGCAGAGCCUCAUCGCAAGGGGUUGGAUAUCAAGUUAACACCUUAUAUCGGUCACAACGGUUACGGUGGUGGUCGGCCAGAAAGGCUAAACAUUUCAUUGGGCGAAGGAUAAGUCUCGGCUAGUAGACGAUGCUGUGACCAUUCUUCCUUUUUUUCUUCUUCUCGGGCGUGCAGUAUAUAAGGCAUGUGGCGUUU